GAGGGUGUGUGCCCAAUGUUUUGUUUCUUCCACGGCUCACUAGCCUCGCCGUCACGACUAUCAAGGCUUUUUGCCAUUCCCUCAUCUCAACUUCUCCGCCUUGAACCUGCAACUUUACUAGAUGGUGAGAUAUUGGCAUGGGCAGGUAGGAAUCGAGCAUUGGCUAAUUACCCUGGUGAAAGAGUAAAUGGAUGUAUAUAUUCAGUAAUGUCCAUGGGCCAAGAAGAUGGGUUGAGGGAUGGCUAUGAAGUCGUACGCGAAUGUCAUGAUAGAGGGGAAAGAGAUGGAAGUGAGGACAUUUCGAUUUUGUGA